UAUUGGCUGAGCUGGACGCCAGUCGCCAGCGCGCGCUCGCCAUUGGCUCCGGGGCGGGCGCUCCGCGGCUAAGGGGAAGGAGAAGCAAUCGGGAGCGGGAGCUGAGGCGAGGGAGAGGCCGGUUCGGGUCUGGCCGCUGCCGCUCGUCGCCCGAGGUCUCCACGCCGGACUGCGGCUCGGUCCUUGGCGCCUGGACACCGUCCGCGAGGCUCCGCCGGGCCAGCGAGGGACCAGCCGCGGGCGGCGGCCGCCGCAUCAUGUCAGCCAAGGACGAGCGGGCCAGGGAGAUCCUGAGGGGCUUCAAACUAAAUUGGAUGAACCUUCGGGAUGCUGAGACGGGGAAGAUUCUCUGGCAGGGAACAGAAGACCUGUCUGUCCCGGGAGUGGAGCAUGAAGCCCGUGUUCCUAAGAAGAUUCUCAAGUGCAAGGCGGUGUCUCGAGAACUGAACUUCUCUUCAGCAGAGCAAAUGGAAAAGUUCCGCCUGGAACAGAAAGUUUACUUCAAAGGCCAGUGCCUAGAAGAAUGGUUCUUCGAGUUUGGCUUUGUGAUCCCCAAUUCCACGAACACCUGGCAGUCCCUGAUAGAGGCGGCGCCCGAGUCCCAGAUGAUGCCGGCCAGCGUGCUGACUGGGAACGUCAUCAUAGAGACAAAGUUUUUUGACGACGAUCUUCUUGUGAGCACGUCCAGAGUGAGGCUUUUCUACGUGUGAGAGAAGAGUGUGUGCGCUCCAGGGCGGGGGCGGGGCGGGGCAGGGCGGGGAGGGGGAAAGUGUUUACUUUUUUCCUCCAGGCAUUUGGUUUUUGACACUUCCUCCCCGAAUUGCCCCUGCGGCUCCUGCCCUGCCACCCGGGGACCAGCUCCGUGUAGGUAACCAGGUGGCGUUUUCCUCCCAAGCCACCACCGUCCACUGACCAGACUAAACUCCCACCCCAGCCCGGGGCAGAGGCGCGUAUCCCAGGGUCACACGCACCACGGCCUCGGCCCCAGGCCCUGCAGCUAACACGCCUUCCUCUGGCCCCCGGUUUCGGGAACACUUAUGUUCCUGACCCAUGGUUAGAUGGUUAGUUUUUUUCCUACAUUUCUAUUUCAUACAUUCUCAUACAUUUAACUUGUAAAAUAGACUGUGAUAUUAUUAUUAUUAUUGUUAUUAUUAUUAUUAUUAUUAUUACAUAAUGAAUUAAAACAAAUUAAAGAUUCUUACAGUCA